CAAGAAACGCGACGGCGAGCGGGUGGAACUUUGCAUGCUCGAUAAAACGGAACCGGAUUUAAUGCAUUUUACAGCUUAGGCUAUAGCUGGAGCUCCGGUGAGGGGAGGCUGCACGCUUUAAAGGUCUGAAAAGCUAAGCAAACAUGAGCGACAAGGGGACAGUUUCACCGAAAGAGAAGGAGGCAACAGAGAAGAGGGGUCGUGGAAGACCCCGCAAGCAGCCCCAAGUGAAGACCUCUGACGAACCAAGUGGGUCCCCUACUCCAAAGAGGCCCAGGGGACGGCCGAAGGGCAGCAAAAACAAGGCAGCCAGCAAGGGCAAAAAGGCAACAGCAUCCCCAUCUGUUGGGGGGAAACGCAGGGGAAGACCUAAGAAGGAGGAGAAGGAAGAAAAGGCAUCCCAGGAAUCAUCUGAGGAGGAGGAAGAUGAAGAAGAGGACCAGUAAUUCACAACGCAUGCUACCUCACUCAACAUACUGACUUACUGUUAACCAGAACUGGGCUGUAUCUCCAACACCAGUGCCACCACAUGACCACUGUUCACGACAAAGCCCUCUUUGCCAAAAAGGAGGGUUAACACAGUACAAAUAUCAUGCAACAGCACUGGAUAGAACGAUGGACCUUGCUCAAGCAUAGAUCUAAGAAUUACAUGAAAGGUAACAGCCCUUUUCUCUACAUGUCACGUUAUCACAAGUCUUUUAUACUGGACAAAAGUGUGCUCUCAGGAGCCUGGACAUUUCUGUUCCCCCCCACCCUAAAGAUGGUUUGUAGGACAUUUUCUCUGCUUAAUGUUACUUAUUUGUUGUACCCGCAUCUGAGAUGGUAGGGCAUAUAGAUUUUUCUCCGUGUUUUGUACUGGACAAAGGUGAAUUUUACCUAUACUUGGUGUUUUUUUUUUUUUUUUUUUUGGUUUUGCUUGUGUGAAGUGGUUAAACUAUCCUUUGCAUCGUAUUAUAGAUGGAGUUGAGCUUCAGCGUUUAGGAUGAGAAUAGGUAACAGAUGGUAGAAGUGUUCUCCCCAUUUCUAAUCUGCAUAACUGAUUUCACCCCGUCCCACCAGUAGAGCAGGACAGUCUUUACCCCAUCCUGUAGGACGGUUUAAAGUUAGGCUUCUUGAACUUACUUUGCGGUCCUCGGCGUGUAGUGGGGAGAUGUGUGUACCGUUGGUCCGAUCAGACUAUUCUGAUGAAUUACUGUUUUGUUCCUUAGGGUUACAUACCAUUUAAAACAAACAAAAAACCAUGAGUGUGCUGCUUUUCAUGUUGUAAUAAAACUCAAAUCUUUUUUUUGGUAUAUAAUGUGUGUUUUUUAAGGAUAGGGUUGGCAGAGUUCUAGGCAGAGAGCAUCAGUGUCAUCUCUUCAGGGAGCUUUUACAAAUGCUGUUGCAUUGGCAUCUUUUGUCUUCACGUGGUCCUCAGUUUCCAAGCGCUCACCCAAUCACUCGUAAGACAAAUUGCAAUUGGUCGAACAAGGAGUUUGAUUGUAAUAGAGGAUAGUUGGUGGCACUACUAUCCAACAGGGCUGUACGUUUUUCAUUCCAUCUAGCUCUCACGGCUUCAUCUAGCUUGGUCCUUCUGUCAUCACUUAGUACAGUAAUUAACUUCUAGUCUUUUUAAAGAUGUGUGGUGUAUGCUGUCUGCUACAAGAAAUAAAUGGUUGUGUAUUUCUAAGUGUCAGGGAACCUGCAGUCACAGUCCACUUAACUGGGUUUUUCCACACACCUAAGCUGCUAUAACCUGUUACGAAACCCGGAAAACUGCAAACAGGCGAUACAAGGCCUGGAAUUUCAUACCUCAACAGCUUACUUUACCAUAUAAUUGCAUUAAACUGGUUGUCAUUUUUAAAUGUAACCUCUGGCAUGAUUUGGGAAGAUGUUAAUUCAAAGUUUUGUUUUUUUUGUUUAACCUGACUGUAAUGAGCUAUCUAAGAUGUCGUUUGUCAUUGUGUGUACACACGCAGCACGUCUUGGCUCGUUCGUAACCGGAGCUUGCAGACAGGUUGUUUUAAAUGUGUGAAGCAAGUCAGGGAGACCUGUCAGCUUGACAACUGUGUUCGCUGACUGUGGUAGAUUAGCAGGUGUGUUUUUAUUCUUCUGGUGCACUGAAAUGUUGCUUCAGAUUUUCAUGGACAAAUGUUUGUGUGUUUGUGAUAGACUGGGCGCUCUUUCCAAUUAACGGUUCUGUUGGCCAGUGUGUGGGCUUGGCACUACCACACACAGCCACCCUCGCCAUACUCAUACAAUGUAUAUCUUGCAUCCGUUCAUUUAUAUACUGUAAACUCAACAGGAAGGGGAUCAUUCUUUUUAAUGUACACCGUAUAUAAAUGUACAAUGUCUAUAUUUCUAUGGUGCCCUACAACAAUUUGUAUCAGAAAUGGUCAAUAAAGAGAAUUUUCUUUGUCA